AUGAACAAUCAAACAAAUUCAAAUGAUUCAGUUGUAUCAGAUGGUAUAUGUAUUAUAACUCAAACUCAACGUAGUAUUACAAUGCCAAUAUUAAUUCUCUUUGCUUUUCCAGCAUUAAUUUGUUUUCUCUUUAUAUUUUAUCAUUUUUUCAAAUUACGUAAACGAUUAAUAUAUGAUUCUGUUAAUCAUCAUGUUAUUUUAUUUAUAUUAAUUUUGGAUUUUUUAUUAAUUUUAAGUGAAUUACCAAUAACAUUAUAUUAUCUUGCAUUAGGAAAUGUUCAAACAAAAAAAAUCUGUAUUUUUUGGAUUUAUUGGGAUUAUUCACUUGAAACAAGUUCAUUAUUUUUAACAAUGUAUGCUGCAAUUGAACGAUAUUUUUUAGUAUUUCAUAAACAUCAUAUUCUUAAACAUAAAUAUUUAUUUCAUUAUAUUCCAAUGUUUAUUAUUGGUUUUUAUAUUCCUAUAAUAUAUUUCUAUUUAAUUAUAUUAUCACCAUGUGCAAUGGAUCAUUCAUAUGAUAUAACUUCAUUUGUUUGUGGUGGUGCAUGUUUUUUCUCGUAUGUUGCUGUUAAUACUUAUGAUACAAUAGUUGAUACAUUAGUACCAUGUCUUAUUUUACUUAUUUUUAAUUUAUUAAUUAUUUUACGUGUAAUUAUAGCGAGAGGAAGAGUAUUUGCAACACAAUCAUUAAUAGAUUUAUUGAAAAAAAAUCGACGAAUGAUUUUACAAUUAUUUGGAAUAAGUUUUAUGUGUUUAUUAUCAUGGAUGCCAUGGGUUGUUAUUAUAAUUGUACAAAAUUUUUUUAUUCCAACAUUUGGUAAUUGGUUUAUUACUUAUAUACUUCAUUAUUUACCAUAUAUAACAGCAUCGACAUCACCAUUUCUAGCAUUGAUUGGUUUACCAGAAAUUAGAAAACAUUUAAAUAUAUCAAAAUAUCAAACAAAAACUUCAACAGCAGCAACUUAUUCAACUACAGCACCACCAAUGCCAUCAGAAAUUCCAGAGAAAAAUAAUUUCGAUUGA